AUGAAGCAAGCUCCUAAGUUGAGUGAUGCAAACAGCCCAAACAAUAAACUCAUUAAUAUUCUAUUAUCAAAAUAAAAGAGUCCUUCAUAAUAUACUAUUUAGAGUCCUGCAGUAUCUCCGACUUAAGCUCAUAUGCCUAAAGGUCAAUUUCAAAGCAAGAACACAUCAAUUGAUUUGUCUAAAUUGACCACAUUAAUGAAACAAUAGAAAGUGAAGUCCCCCUCAGAAGGACAUAAAGAUUCAAUGACUUAGCUCCUUGCAAAGGCUCGUGCAAUUGCCACAUCAGCAAAGACACCAACAGGACCAAUUCAUAUUCGAAAUGACUCAGCCAAGGUUCGGAAGGAGAACAAAGAGCCACAAGUCGUAAGUCCAAAGGUUUCAGAUACAAAAUAGAUGGGGAAAGCGUCAUUUACAUUUGAAUAUGUAAUUGGAAUUGGUGGAUUUGGGAAAGUAUGGAAGGUCAAGAAAGUUGGACACUAAUACGCAAUGAAGGAGAUGUCCAAAGCGUUGGUGAUAACAAAGAAGAGUGUGAACUCAGUGAUGAAUGAACGUAUGCUACUCAGUCAACUCAAGCAUACAUUCUUGAUUAAUAUGUACUAUGCGUUUCAAGAUCGAGAGAACUUGUACCUAGUGAUGGAUUACAUGCGCGGAGGUGAUUUGAGAUUCCACAUUGGAAGAAUGAGACGAUUUAAUGAGGAACAAACUAGUAUUAGUAUUCAAUCAUAAUAAGAGUUUUUUGUGGCCUCUAUUUUUAUUGGUCUUGAGUACUUACAUACUAACAAUAUUAUACACAGAGACAUCAAACCUGAGAAUCUGGUACUUGAUGAAAAGGGUUUUGUUCAUAUUACUGAUUUAGGUAUUGCUCGAGUCAUGAAACCUGAAAAUUCAAGCGACACGAGUGGUACUCCUGGUUAUAUGGGUAAGUUGUAUUUCCUAAUAGGCAACUAGCUCCUGAAGUGAUGUGUAGAUAGAACCAUACUUACGCAGUGGAUUACUAUGCUUUAGGUGUUAUCGCAUAUGAGUUUAUGUUGGGCAGAGUAUGAUUUUCGAUUUAUUCAAAUAGAGACCAUAUGUAGGUCGAUCCAGAUAGGAGAUUCGUGAUCAAAUACUGGCCAGAUAGGUAUAAAUUAGAGCAAGCGAAGUACCUCCAAAUUGGAGUGCAGAGGCUGUUGAUUUUGUGAAUCGAUUAAUACAACGAAAACCAGCAUGUCGUCUUGGUUUUAAUGGGGGCUAUGAAAUUAAAUUGCAUCCAUGGUUUAAGAAUUUCCCAUGGUCAAAAUUAUAAAACAGAGAAAUCACUGCACCAUUCAUUCCAAAUCCGAGUGAUGAUAAUUUCGAUUAACGUCAAAUAGUGAUCGAGGAUGAAGAGAAUGCUGAAUUGAUCAGUUAGAAUAUGCAAUUGUUAAGAGAUCCCAACGUUCAGCAUCAGUUUGUUGGCUAUGAAUAUCAAGUGCAUAAUAAUGAGAAGGCCUUUGUCUUUGAUUAAUAAAAAUAAUGAAGCUAUCACUCACAUUAUUUACACUUCUAAUAUCUAUUUAUUGUGCCGUACAUAGAGAAUAUUACGAUAUCUUGGGAGUCUCUCCAAAUGCUUCAGUUUAAGACAUCAAGAAGGCUUACCGUAAACUAUCGCAACAAUACCAUCCCGAUAGAAAUCAAGGAGAUCCAGGUGCAAAUGAAAAAUUCUCGAAAAUCAACGUGGGUAUUUGGGAUCAUAUAAUUUUAGCUUAUGAGGUACUAUCAGACCCAGAAUAAAGGAAAAAAUAUGAUAAGGGAGGAGUUGACGGGCUUAAUAGUCAGGGAAUGUAGCAUCAUGAUCCAUUUGAUAUAUUCGGAUCAUUUUUUGGAAGAGAAUAGUAAGGAGAACGAAAGGGUCCAGAAUUGAAGGUGAAGGUUAGAGUCACUUUGGAGGAUAUUUACAAUGGCAAAGAGAUCCCAGUUUAUUUGACUAAAUAAAUAUUAUGCCCACAUUGUAGAGGUUCAGGAGCUGAUGAUCCAGAUCUAGUAGAAACAUGUCCAACUUGUAAAGGUGUUGGUAGUGUCUAGAAAAGACAAUAAGUGGGUUUUGGAUGUAUGCUAAUUUAUUGACAAUUUAAGUUUUUUAAACAUUCCAAGCCACGUGUGAAAGAUGUUAUGGAACAGGAAAGAUCAUCAAAAAAAAAUGCCAUCUUUGUAAAGGAGAUAAAGUAAUAGAAUAUUUGUGAUUCUUAGAUCAUUCCUGGAGCUGAUAAUAUUAGUUUGUAUAUAGAGAAAGGAAUCUAGGACAAAUAAACUAUUGUAAUCUUAUGCAUAGAUAAAUUAUAUAGAAAUAUGAGAAUAUGGCUGAUGAACGUAAUGAUUCUGGCACUUCUGAUCUAGUCUUUUAAAUUGAAUAAAUACCUCAUGCGUUCUUUUAAAGAUAAGGAACUGAUUUGAGAUGCAAAGUUGAAAUUACAUUGAAGGAAGCCUUACUUGGUUUCAAAAAGAAAAUUAAACAUCUUGAUAAUCAUUUUGUGAGAAUUGAUAAGGAAGGCAUUACAAAGCCUGGAGAAGUGUAAAUCAUAAAAGGGGAAGGAAUGCCACAACAUGAGUUUUCAUCUCAGCACGGAGAUUUAUAUGUAGAAUACAAAGUGGUAAUUCCAGAUUUCAAUGGAGAAUAACUUAGAUGUAAAUAUAAAUUAUUAUCACUUAGAAUGGUAAAAAUUCUUUUAAUGAAUAUAAUAUAAAUGUAUAAUUUAUAUGUUUUUGUUUAUAUGUGUG